AUGAAAACUCUUGUCACAGCCUUGACUAUUGCCCUUGUGGCAAGUCAGCAGAUAAAUCUUGUUCCUCAUUUGGCAGGGCCCCAGACCCAUGUGUACAGAUAUGAGGCUUUGCUCUUCAGUGGUCUUCACCAGAAAGAUCUGGCUCGAGCUGGCAUUAAGAUCAACAGCAAAGUUUUAAUCAGUGCUGCAGAUGAUAAUACUUUCCUGCUUAAGCUCUCGAAUCCUCAGUUGUUUGAAUACAGUGGUAUCUGGCCCGGGGAUACUUUUGUCACUUCUAAAUUCACCUCAGAACUUGCUGCUCAGCUUCAGGUUCCUAUUAAGUUUGAGUACACCAAUGGUAUGGUAGGAAAGCUGUUCGUACCAGGUUUGGUCCCAACUAUCAUCGUCAACCUGUACAGGGGAAUUUUGAACAUCUUUCAGCUCAACCUCAAGAAGACCCAGAAUGUCUAUGAGAUUCAAGAGGAAGGAGUUCAAGGUAUUUGUAAGACCCAAUAUGUGAUCAGUGAAGAUGCAGAAAACAACCACACCAACAUUACCAAGUCCAAGGAUCUUUCCUCUUGCCAUAAGAGGAUAAUGAAGGAUGUUGGCUUGUCGUACCUUGAGAAGUGUAUCGAAUGCCAGCAGAAAAUAAAAAGUUACUCUGCAGCUGCAACCUACAGCUACACUAUGAAGCCAGCUCCAAAUGGUGUUAUGAUCACUGAAGCAACCGUCCAAGAGAUUCAUCAGUUUACACCUCAAUAUGAGAUUGGUGAUGCUACCCAGAUGGAAACAAGACAAACUUUGACCUUUCUGGAGAUAAUGACAACUGACAUAAUUCCAAUCAGCGCUGAUUAUUUAGCUCGUGGAACUUUGCAGUAUGAAUUCAGCACUGAAACACACUGGAGUCCAAUUCAGCUCAUGAAAAUAAGUGAUGCACAGGCUCAGAUAGUCGAUGCUCUAAAUCAUCUGGCAACCAAAAAACUAGAAGAAGUCCAUGAAGAUGUACCUCUGAAAUAUAUCCACCUUAUCCAGCUUAUGCGUUUUGCGAGUGUGGAUGCAGUUGAGGGAAUAUGGUCUCAGUUUAAAACUAGGCCGAAUUUCAGGAAAUGGAUUUUAGAUGCUACUCCUGCAGUUGGCACUAUAGCUGCUCUAAAAUUCAUAAAGAAGACAUUCUUGGCAGGUGAACUUUCUUUUUCUGAGUUCACUCAGGUCCUUCUGGUUGCUGUGCACAUGGUCACCGCUAAUUUGGACACCAUUAAGAUGUACUCUGGCCUGGCUUUGCAUCAUAAAGUUCAAGAAACCCCAGUUCUACGUGAAAUUGUGAUGCUUGGUUAUGGGACAAUGAUUGCCCGGUAUUGUAGUGGUGCUCUUGAAUGUCCAGUUGAGCUUUUGAAGCAUAUUCAUGAGAUUGCUACUAAGGUAUCUGCAAAGGCAGAUAUUGCAGAGAUCACCUUGAUUCUUAAAGUACUGGGAAAUGCCGCUCACCCUGCUAGCAUCAAAUACAUCACAAAGUUUCUACCAAUAUUUGGAACACAUAUACCUCAGUUUCCCAUGAGAGUUCAAGUGGAUGCCAUUUUGACUCUGAAGGCUCUUGCCAAAAAGGAAUCUAAACAGGUCCAGAAUGUAGUUUUGCAAAUUUUUCUGAACAAAGAUCUUCACCCAGAGCUACGCAUGCUCUCGUGGAUUGUGAUUUUUGAGACAAAGCCAAGCAUGGGUCUGGUUAUUACUCUUGCACGUGGUCUCCAAACAGAAAAAGAUCUACAAGUGGCCAGUCUUGCAUACUCUCACAUAAAAGCCUUGGCAAAAAGCACAGCACCUGAUUUAGCUUUAAUCGCCAUUGCCUGCAAUGUUGCCAUCAAGAUACUAAGCCCCAAACUGGACAAACUUAGCUUUCUUUACAGCAAAGCAUUUCUCUUGGAUGGCUAUAAGUACCCUCUCAUGGCUGGUGCUGUUGGUAGUGCUUUCUUCCUCAACGAUGCCACCACUAUCCUGCCGAGAGCUGUUGUAGCUAAAGUACAUGCUUACCUGGCCGGAGUGGCAGCUGAUGUUCUUGAGGUGGGCAUCAGGACUGAUGGGAUUCAGGAGAUUCUUCUGAAAUCACCAUUUCUGAAUGAGGAUGGGCAGCCAAGUAUUAGGCAACUGUUUCAGGCUCUAAAAUCAUUCAUGACCCUUUCAAAGAAGCAGUACAUGGGCUCAAUCUACGUUAAACUUUUUGGACAAGAGAUUGCAUUUGUGAAUGUUGACAAAGCAGUUGUUGAACAGGCAAGACAGCUCACUACUGAAGGCCAUAUGGCUGAACUGGUAGAGGCGGCUCUUAAAAAAAUGCAGAACGGCAUUGUCUUUAGGUACACAAAGCCCCUGCUGAUGGGUGAAGUGCGUCGCAUCUUCCCAUCAGCAGCUGGUGUACCCAUGGAGUUAAGUUUGUAUGCUGCUGCCAUUGUUGCUGGUAAUCUAAAGGUCCAGGCAAUUAUUACACCACCUCUAACUGAAUCCACCAGUUUUGCUCAUCUCAUGAAGACAGAUGUCAAAUUGACUGCUGAAAUUUCACCAAGCAUUGCCUUGCAGGCUUUUGCUGUAGCUGGACUAAACACAGGUUUUAUUCAGGCUGCUUCCAUCGCCAGAGGAAAGAUUCAUACAUUGAUGCCUCUAAAAGUGGUUGCGAAAUUUGACAUCCCAAAUGCAAAUUUCAAAUUAGAGACAUUUCCUAUUGCACUUCCAGUGCAUGCUGUGACUGCACAUUUCGAAACUUUAUCAGCAGCUGGAAACAUUAAGGAUGUCAACGUACAGAUAAUUACACCCACUGUACCAAAGAUGGUAGUUGUGCAGAAUUCCCAGAACACAAUUACAUCUAUCAUGUCACCUGGAGCUUUGACUAGGUCACUUGUAGACUCGGUUCCUCCAGUGGUUGCUAUUAUUGGACGUGUCGUGAGAGUUGAUCGCAAGUUGUUGGGGUACCAGCUGACUGCUUACCUGGACCGGCCCAACUCAAGGGUGCAGAUGAUUGUGGUUUCCAUUGCAGCAAAGGACAACUGGAAAAUGUGUGCUGAUGCCGUCCUGAUGAGCAAGCAAACAAUUGUUGCAAAGAUGGCUUGGGGAGCAGAAAACCCAAAAUAUGCAAUAACCAUCAAUGGUGGGACAGGCCACCAUGGUCCAAGUCCUAUGGUCUAUCUCAAAGUUAAGUGUGAGAAGGUGCCCAAAUUCAUUACUGCCUAUUCCAAGAGUGUGGCUGAAUACAUUCCUGGUGCAGCUGAAAUGGCUGGACUUGCCAUUAGCAAUGAAAAAAAUAUUGAGAGACAGAUAGAACUAAUUAUACUUGUUCCAAAUAUAAGAACAUUGGAUAUUAUUGUCAAGACCCCAAUGAUGACCUUGUCAAAAACAAACUUGGUCCUUCCAAUCGCUUUGCCUUUUGAGGCCUAUCCAGAAGACAAUGUCUUAAAGAUAAUUCAAAACUUUUAUAAAGAGGCUAGUUCAGCUAAAUGCAGCAAAGUCCGAAGCAUCUUGACAGCAUUCAACCAUAGGAUGUAUAACUGUGAAAUUCCUCUUUCCUUCUACCAAGUCCUGGUUCAAGACUGUACUUCUGAGCAUAAAUUUUUAGUCCUAAUGAAAAAGGAUGAUGUCUAUAAACAUGAAGAUCUUAGCAUUAAGGUGGCAGACAUUGCUGUUCAGUUGUACCAACAGGACAGUGUAAUAAAGGUCAAAAUGAAUGGGACAGAAGUAACAACUAACAAAAUUCCAUACCAUCACCCAACAGGAACCAUACGCAUUGAGAAGAAAGGUCCAGGUAUUGCUUUCUAUGCACCAGGCCAUGGUCUUAAUGAGGUCUAUUAUGCUGCCGACCUGUGGGAAAUUUAUGUUGGGGACUGGAUGAAGGGACAGACUUGUGGAAUCUGUAGAAAGGCUGAUGGAGAAAUCAAGCAGGACUAUUGCAGACCCAAUGGAAACCUGACCAAGAGCUCAGUUGGUUUUGCUCACUCAUGGGUGCCUCCUUCUGAGAGUUGUCAUAAUGCUGAUCAAUGUCAAACAAAGCUUGAAACAAUGACACUGGAGAAGCAGAGGUCAGAUUGGCAAGCUUCCAAAUGCUCCUCUACUGAGCCUGUGUUGUCUGUCAUUGAGGACUAGUCGCAAGACUGUACUUCAAACUCUGAUACUUUCUACAAAUCUGAACAGCAACUUCAAGAUCUGAGAAAAACUACAGAAGUAAUUUGGCCUGAAAAUGUACAGAGAAGUUAUUGUCUUUUUAGAGACCUGCUGUAGCAAAUACAGGGUGAUUAAAAAAGAAUACCACAACUUUUGUCACUCAAG